AUGGCUGAGGGUUACGACACAAAUCGCUUUCACUCCACAAUUGACGAGGGCUUUAUAUGCUCAAUCUGUCUUGGUGUUUUACAAGAACCGAUGCAAUGUGAGAACAAUGAACAUUAUUUCUGUUCUGGUUGUAUCAAAAAGCAUCUGGAGAAGACCUCGCACAGUUGUCCUGUCUGUCAAGAUAAACUGUCUGUAGAGACGCUGCGUAAAGCACCAAGAAUUGUUGCAGAUUGCGUUUCACAUUAUAAGAUAAGUUGUGAUCAUGCAACAAGAGGCUGUGACGCAGUUCUAGAGCUUGGAGCUCUACAAGCGCACGUUCAGAAAUGUGAUUUCAUGCCUGUCUCUUGUUCGAACGAGAACUGUGAUGAAGUGGUCAGUAAACGGGAUGUAAAGCAACAUGAGAUUGAGUUAUGUCGCGUCAAGACAACAACCUGUGACGACUGUGGCAAAAAGAUGCUUCAUCAUAAAUAUGGCGCUCAUGGCUGUGUGUUACGACGUGAUUUAAAUGAAGUGAAGAAAGAUGUUGCAGAAGUGAAAGCCACGCAACAUGAGAUGAUGAAUGAAAUGAGAGAAGGCAUGCAACGAAUCACGAUUGCGAUUGGAAAGCUUGAAAAGUCGUCUCGAACUGUUGCCAACGUGGUUAGCCCCAUGAAUAGUGGUGUGGUUGUAAUUGGGGGUGCAAAUCCCGAGAGGGACGAGAGGGACGAGUGGGACGAAAGGGACGAGAGGAACGAGAGGGACGAGUGGGACGAGAGGGACGAAAGGGACGAGAGGGACGAGAUGGACGAGAGGGACGAGAGGGACGAGAGGGACGAGAGGGAGAGGGACGAGAG